GGGGACCUGUCCCCAGAUGUUUGUUCCCAGACCUUUAACUCAGGUGUGAAGCCAGGAUUUCCCAAAACAAUCAAGACCAACAACCCAGGAGUCCUCAAAGCAGCCAGAUACAGCGUUGAAAGGUUCAACAACUGCACGAAUGACAUCUUCUUGUUCAAGGAGUCCCAUGUCAGCAGAGCCCUGGUCCAGAUCGUGAAAGGCCUGAAAUACAUGCUGGACAUGGAAAUUGGCAGAACUACUUGCAAGAAAACUGAGCACCCCAAUCUGGACAACUGUGACUUCCAGACCAACCACACCUUGAAGAUGAUCCUCAGUUGUUACUCUGAAGUCUGGGUCAUCCCCUGGCUCCAGAGGUUCGAGGUGCCUGUUCUCAACUGUCACUGACUGCCUCUCAGCAAUACUACAGCUGCUGGCACCUUUGAAGUAGUAUCUCCCGGCAAGCAGAAUGGAAGUGCCCACGAGCUCAUUACAGAGUAACUGGGAUGGAAGAGUGACCGCCCCACAGUUAAAAUAAAUACUUCGAAUUCUCUCCUAAGCUAAUUCUGCUGAUGCUGUGUGCCUGGAUUCAGAGUCUGAACAUACAGGACUGAAUCCUCCAAUGGAAAUGUUUUGGGCUCUCAACUCCUGAAGGAGCCCCUCCCACCCAGCCCCUGGGUCCCCGAUGCAAGCCCGAGAUCUAUCCUUUCAUCUGAAUACUUGCACACUGGACGAAGCGGGUAAGCUGCUAUUGAGCACCUUGACCUUGCAUGGAUGAAGUUAUAAAUAAACAUGAAUAAGAACUGACCAUCUCAAAGCAAUGGCUGCUGCUUUACCUGUUACAGGGGCCUCAGGAAGGUGAGGUGGGCGGUAAGGGGCCCCCUCACUGAGAGCCUGACCGGUCCAGGUAACUUCCACAAAGCGCCCAGGGCUUUCCAGCCUUUAGUCCAUAAACACAACAUACUGGAGACCAGAGAGCCAGAACCAGGCCAGCGUAGGUCCAUACCAUGAACUGGCAGGGUAGGGGCACCCCAAGAGGGCGUCCACCUGCCAGCUGUGCUUCCUUCUGACGGGGGAUAUCCACUCAAUCCUCUCAGCUGCCUUAGAGACUCAGCAAACGCACAGCUGUGUCUGGACAAGUGGGUACAACAGGGUGCUGGGAUAAUAUCCCACACAU